UCAGUCGAUCCAACAACAGUUUGGAAAGUCUCAUAGAGAAAGGGCUGCUUUUUGUUCUCUUCAGGCAGCCCAGUGUAACCCACCAUGAGUGGCGUUCCUUAUGAGACGGCGUCUCAGACGCUGACUUUUCUGGAUACGGACGAUGUUGGCCACGCGGACUACGGGCCUGACACUCAGGCGUCGCAGUAUGAUUACAAUUUUACUUUGCCAAGUCAGACACAAACGCAGCAGUCACAAACGGACAGCCACGUCCAGUCCAAUGCUGGCAUUGUGCCUAGUAGCUCGAGCGGCGGCAGGCAGCAGGCGUCGGAUGGUGGUGCUGGAGGCCACACAGGGAAGACGAACGAGCUGUCCUCCGCCAUGCAGGAGCUAAAUUUCGAGGAAACGUACGACGAGGAGGACACCACGUACACGAAGGAUCUACCCAAGCAUGCUUGCAGCUAUUGCGGUAUUCACGACCCGGCAGCCGUCGUCUACUGCCUGCAGAGCAAGAAGUGGUUCUGCAACGGCCGCGGCAACACGUCCGGCAGCCACAUCAUCAACCACCUGGUGCGCAGUAAGCACAAGGAGGUCUCGCUGCACAAGGACGGGCCGCUGAGCGAGAUCACCCUCGAGUGCUACAACUGCGCGUGCCGCAACGUCUUCCGCCUGGGCUUUAUUCCGGCCAAGGCCGAUUCUGUCGUCGUGCUUCUCUGCAGACAACCGUGUGCAGCCCAGUCAAACCUGAAGGAAAUGAACUGGGACCAGACACAGUGGCAGCCUUUGAUCUCGGACAGGUGCUUCCUCUCGUGGCUUGUCAAGGUCCCGUCAGAGCAAGAACAGCUUCGCGCUCGCCAGAUCUCUGCACAGCAGAUCAACAAGCUGGAGGAGCUGUGGAAGGACAAUCCUGACGCAACUGUAGAAGACUUGGAGAAGCCGGGUAUUGACGAGGAGCCACAGCAAGUUAUGCUAAAAUACGAAGAUGCGUACCAAUACCAGAAUGUGUUUGGUCCACUUGUCAAGCUGGAGGCAGACUACGAUCGACGCUUGAAAGAAUCUCAGACCCAGGCGGACAUUUCCGUGCGCUGGGACAUCGGGCUGAACAAGAAGCGUAUCUCCUACUUCGUCCUCCCACAGUCAGACUCCUCGGAAAUGAGGCUGAUGGCUGGUGAUGAGCUGCGACUGCGCUACACAGGGGAGCUGCACAAGGAAUGGUCCGGUGUCGGCCACGUCUCCAAAGUGCCGCACACUUACGGCGAGGAGGUGGGUUUGGAGCUGCGCAGCAGCACUGGAGUGCCGAUUGAUUGCAAGCUUAGCUUCUGCGUGGACUUUGUUUGGAAGUCAACCUCGUUUGAUCGAAUGCAGAACGGUAUGAAGACGUUUGCAGUUGACGAGACGUCCGUGAGCGGCUACAUCUACCACAAGCUGCUGGGGCACGAUGUCGAGGAGCAGGUCGUGAAAUGCGUCAUGCCAAAGAGGUUCUCUGUUCCCGGUCUGCCGGAGCUGAACCAUUCUCAGGUCUACGCUGUCAAGACAGUGCUCCAGCGUCCUCUCAGUCUCAUCCAGGGACCGCCAGGAACUGGCAAGACGGUGACAUCCGCAUCUCUCGUCUUCCACCUUGUCAAGCAGAAUAUGGGGCAAGUGCUGGUGUGUGCACCGAGUAACAUUGCCGUGGACCAGCUGACGGAGAAGAUCCACCGCACCGGCCUCAAGGUGGUGCGCCUGUGUGCGAAGAGUCGUGAAGCCAUCGACUCCAGUGUCCACUUCUUGGCGCUGCACAACCAGAUCCGUAACCUGGAUGUCUACCCGGAGCUGACCAAACUUCAGCAGCUGAAGGACGAGGCGGGAGAGCUGUCGUCUGCCGAUGAGAAGCGCUACCGCACGUUGAAGCGGAGCGCCGAAAGAGAGCUCCUGCAACAUGCCGAUGUCAUCUGCUGUACUUGUGUGGGCGCCGGCGACCCUCGCCUGCAGAAGUUCCGAUUCCGCACGGUGCUUGUCGACGAAGCAACUCAGGCCACAGAGCCGGAAUGCAUGGUGCCCAUCGUGCUCGGAGCUAAGCAGGGUAGCCAGUGUGGAUGCUUUCCAGGGCCGCGAAAAGGACUACAUCAUCCUGUCCUGUGUCCGCGCUAAUGAGCACCAGGGCAUUGGGUUCUUGAACGACCCACGUCGUUUGAACGUAGCACUUACUCGUGCAAAAUACGGUGUGAUCAUCACAGGCAGUCCGAAAGUCUUGGCAAAGCAACCACUAUGGCAGCAUCUUCUGUGCCAUUUCCAGGAGAAGCAUGUCCUGGUUGAAGGAACCCUUGCAAGUCUGAAGGAGAACCUGAUGAAGUUCAGCAAGCCAGCCAAAAUGGUCAACAAGUACAACCCGGGUGCCAGCAUCAUGAGCCGUGGUAUGUACAGUGCCCGCGAAUACAUGUCUUCCUCGCCGUACACGCGAGGUUUGGCCAAUCCUGGACCAGACGCACCGAGCUAUCGCGACGACUUCUACAUGACUCACGACCCGAUGGCAUACAUUGGCUCUGAAGCAGCCGCAAGCCAUGCAGCAGCUAGCAUGCACAUUCCUGUCGGCAUGUUCGCACCGCCAGCCCCACCACAAGCUCAACAACACUCCUACUUCCAGCAGCAAGCAGCUCCAGGUCGUGCCGGUAUGCCGGGCAGCGGACCCCGGGGUCCGAUCAGUAGUGGUGCUGCCGUCGGUAGUGGUGUCCGCGGUGGUGCUCGCCCGGGAGCAUCUCGCGGUCACGGCGCACCUGGAUCAGGUCCAAGUGCUGCUGCAGCAGCUGCUGGUGGUGGCAAUGUGAGUGCGAAUGCCGGCAUGCCAGGUGCCGUUGGACGUCAGGGCUACCACAUGGGCAUGAAUUCACAGGCCAGUCAGGAGUCGUCCGGCUAUUCUCAGCCACUGACACAGGGUGCAAUGUCGAUGAGUCAGCCACCAGUGGGUGCCGGUGCUCCACUUUCACAGUCCGAACUCUCUCAGGAUAGCUACAUGACAGAGGACUACCGUUCUCAGUCGGACUCUGCAAUGCUCUCACAGGACUCCAGCUAUCCGCCGCUGGAGAACGGCUUUGGGAUGGUGCAGCCAGCGACGGCUGACUACCCCGCCUCGUACAGGCCUUUCUAGUCCGGAAGCCCGUCAUCCUCUGAUGAUAAUGGCGAGUGUGCAUGACAUCUGUGUGGUGUACUUUGCGCAACUGUGCUGCUCUCUUUGCCUGCGUUGCUGCCACCGGAGUCUGAAAAGAUAAACAUAUGACGUCUGUGUUUUGUCCGCCUCUCUCUGCUGCCCGUACCCUCCAUCGAGCGUGACAGAGCCGACGACCUCUCUCUCUAUGUGUGUGUGUAUGUGCGCGCGCGCUCGCGUGUGUUCCAUGAAGAUCUCUAACACGAAUGAGCAUCUGUUGUCUCGGACACUGCUGGGUUUCGAAUUGCCAUGUGACAGCAACGCCUGCGGUUGCAUCCUUUGGGACCACUCCGCGACCGGCGGACGUUCGUGUCCUCGUUUGCAACUCAACGGCUGUUGGUGACUCGCACAACCCUCAACAAAGGGGCGUUGUUUUGACCGUUUCAGUCCGUUGCAGCCAGCAGUACAGCUGCCAGCACCGACACCGCCGCUGCGCAUCACAGACGGUCGCAGCUUGACGCUGUACAGUCGCACGCGCGCGCGCGCGCACACUACUCUACCGUGUGUGUAUGUGUGUGUGUGUGUGUGUGUGUGUGUGUGUGUGUGUGUGUGUGCACGUGCCCACGCGUCUUCUGCAACUGUUUGCUGCCGUUGCCGAAGUGGAGCGACAUAGCGUUGCUCCCGUUGUCUCACUGCCCAUGGCCAGUCGGCCGGUGGUCGUAUACUUCACAGUGCUGCAAUGGACACCGAGAUGCCAUUUGACUCUGGAGGAGAUGUGUGCAAAGCCAUCUGCUUUCUCUUUCCUUGUUUCCUUUUGUGGGCAACAUCAAUGCGUUUUGUCCGGUCAACGUUUUUUGUAUGUGUCCGUCUUUUUCGUUUUUUGAUUUCAUCUGUCCAACAACGUGUGUUUUCUCUUCUAAUCUCUUCCACUGCUGUAUCGCCUCAUUCUUUUCAAUUAUCUUUUUCCGUGUCUUUUUUCCCCGAUUGUCUCGUUUUAGCCACGAUCAUGGUGUGUAUCGUUGGGCCCUAUUUCCUGUUUUUUUCCCCAUGAUUUUCAGCCUACCAUUAUACACAUUAACUGUUAUUCUGUUCCGUUCGCCGGCCACGCCAUGCACAGCAUGUCGACAGUGGUGCGCUGUCCGUAUGCCGGCUCUAGUUGGCUUCCCUGCGGCUGACCUGCGAGGAGUGCAAUGGAUGCACCGCCGCUGCCGUCGCCGCCGUGAGCAUUGUCACAUCACCACUUGGCCGGGUGUGCAGUCUGUUGCGUGGACUACAGCAACUUCCAACGCUGUCUUGCAGAAUCCGCGGACUGCCUAUGCCCAAUUAGGAGGCAUGCGCCGUCCUGUUGCAGCUGACAAGCGGGGGACCACGCAGCCCGGCUCAGCACACGUGUGCAAAUGUGUGUGCGUAUGCAAUUAACUACCAGCGCUGGCAGAUCUGACCACUUUGUGACCGCAGUGUCCGACGAGAAAGACAGUGGCGACGGUGUACACGGUGUGCGAAUCCCAACCGAGAUCCACCCGGGCAACGCAACACGCUUCUAGCAACUCCAGCUUGGUGUUAGAGCGGCCAGUCCACCCCUAACCUGCCGACCCGGUGUGCGUGACCAGCAGCUGUGUCUCAACCAAGGUAGAACUGCCGGUGGCCAUGAACCCCGCACCAGGCACUAGCCGAAGCUGCAGCGUGUUGGCCACCAGCCGAGUACAGGCCAAGCAGCGCACAGCCGCAGGGCCGCACUGAUGUCACGCUGUCCACCUACCGGCGAAAGUCGCUCACUUGUACCGGCCCAGUUGCACAGCCAUGCCUACCCGUGCCAACGCAUGCUCCUUACCCAGCGCUGUAUGCUCUCGGAACGCCUUUCAGCUGUUUUUGACUUUCGCGCAUGUUCAGCUUGUUUGCUUUAACGCAUGAUCCUGCCCCCGCCGAGUGUGUUUGCUCGUUCUGCCCGUCUUUUAGCUUGACCGAAUGGCAUGUGUUGCCACUUCGUAGGCACUGCUGUCGUCUGUAGCGCUGUCAGCACCUUGUCGUGCACAGUUUUGUUUUCCAGUGGACAAUACCACACACACUCAGCUUUCUGUCUCUCUCUUUCUCUCGCUUUCGUUCUAGUACGACUGUCACUUUGUGUCUGGG